AUGGCUACAAGCGCGCAAAGCCCUACGUCGCAAGCGGCGAGCACCCCGAAUGCCGACAUGCACGAUUUGCCUCCGCCUGCGCCGACAGUAAAGAAAGGGAAGGCCAAGAAGGACAAACAACUCAGUGCAGAAGAGAACGCCAAAUUAGUCCAGGCACGCUUGUCUCAACUGGAGCAAGAAAAAGCCGGAGAAAAGACACAACAAGCUGAAGUCGACCGUGAAGUGAAGAAGGCCACUCGUGACCUGAAUGAGUUGAUCAACAGUGUCGAAGGCCCUCUCAGCCGUCUUGACCUGGUGCAAAAGAAAUAUGAAGAGCUAUUGGGCGAUAUGAAGAAGCUGGAGCGUGACUAUGCUAAGAAUAAGAAACGUGCCGACCAGUUGCAAAAGGAGCAAGAGAAGUCCAAGUCCGAGCACAACAAGACAGCCACGAUGAAAGACAAACUGGAGAAGUUGUGCCGUGAGCUGACCAAAGAGAACAAGAAGCUCAAGGAUGAGAACAAGAGACUGGAGGAAAAUGAAAGGCAGGCACGGGAGACAAUCAACGAACGCCUGGAUCAGAUGCUGUACGAUGUGCAAGAGGUGAUGAACAGCAGGACUACGACGCAUUCCGAGAACCUCCACCUUGAAUUGGACGAAUUAUUCAAGACACGAUGCAAGGUCCUGGCCGAUCAGGCCGAGCUUCGGGAAAUGCAUUUUAAGGCCAUCCUCCGCCAUAAAGACGCCGAGAUUGCCCAUCUUCAAGCAAAAUACGAGGUGGAACGGCGUCGAGCCGAAGCCGAGGCCGCACGUUGUCGUACGCUCACUAACCAAGUGUCGACCUUUUCCCAUACCGAAGCCGAGCUACGCAGUCAGCUCAACAUCUACGUGGAGAAAUUCAAACAGGUGGAGGAUACUCUCAACAAUAGCAACGAGCUAUUCCUUACUUUCCGCAAAGAGAUGGAGGAGAUGUCGAAGAAGACGAAGAGACUGGAAAAGGAAAACCUUACCCUGACGCGAAAGCACGACCAGACCAAUCGAAACAUUCUCGAAAUGGCCGAAGAACGCACUAGGGACAAAGAGGAUCUGGAACGACUUCGAAAGCAAGAACAACAAAUGCGGAACAUCAUCAAGACCAUGCAAGAGCAAGGUCGUGGGGCCCCGAUCCAGCAAGAGCUUGUCGACGAAGAAGGGACAGAGAGUGAGUACGACGAAGAGUAUGAGGACGAAGAUGAGGAAGACGAGGAGAGUUAUGAAGGAGAAGAGGAGCUGGCGGCACAAAUCGCAAAUGCGAAGCCUGUAUUCGGACCAGAGCCGCCUCCAGAAAUGGUCAAGGCCAACGGUCAACGGGCUGCUGCUGUCGUUAAUGGCGUCAAGCAUUGA